AUUAUUAUGUUCUUUUUCAAGGUUCCACAUGAGACUUUGGAUAGAGCAAGUCAAUGGUAAAUGGUGCAGAAAAGGCGUAAAACUAAAGCUAGAAAGGAUUAAUCAUGUGCAGAUCUACAGCGUUUACGAGGUGUUAUUUGCAUUCCUACUUGCUUCCUGGCUAGCUAGUUAUUCCAAUUUCUAAGCAAAUCUCAUGUCUCUGAUAAUUAGUCCCUUGGAGUUACUUCUUUGUCCUCUCUUGCACUUGCAAGAAUGAAAAGAUCUUAUUCAUCAGCCUCUGAUUCUUCUUCUUCUUCUUCUAAGCCUCGAAUCGAAUAUGAAAUGUUUUUGAGUUUUAGAGGUGAAGACACCCGCAACAGUUUUACAAGUCAUCUUUAUAAAGCUCUCUGUGAUAAAGGAAUUUACACCUUCAAAGAUAAUCAACUUCCAAGAGGCCAAUCUAUUUCUCCAGAAUUGUUGAAAGCCAUCGAGAGCUCACAAUGUUCGGUCAUCGUUCUCUCUGAAAACUAUGCUUCUUCCAGUUGGUGUUUGGAUGAACUGGUCAAGAUUCUUGAAUGCAAGAAGGACCACAAACAGAUUGUUCUGCCAAUUUUCUACCAUGUGGAUCCAUCUGAUGUGCGGAAGCAAAAAGGAAGUAUUGGGGAAGCAUUCAAGAGACAUGAAUCAAGUUACAGCACAGAAAAGCUUCAAAGAUGGAGGGAUGCUUUAACCCAAGUUGCCAAUCUAUCUGGAGAUCCUUUACAUGAUGGGGACGAAGCACAAUUUAUUCAAAAGUUCAUUCAAGAGGUAUCAAGACAACUUGGUGUUGCACCGUUAAAAAAUUCUGAGGAAGAUUUUGAUAUUUCAGAAGACCUUUUUGGCAUGGAUUCACGACUGAAGAAAUUGAAUAAUUUUGUUUGUACUUCAUCAUCAAAUGCUGUCCGCUUUAUUGGAAUUUGUCAGAUGGGUGGUAUAGGGAAGACAACUCUUGCCAGAACUUAUCAUGAAUGGAAGUCUUCUAAAUUUGAUAGCAGCAGUUUUCUUGCAAAUAUUAGAGAAGUUUGUGAAAAGAAAGAAGAUGGCCUUGUGCAUUUGCAAAAUGAUCUGCUUUCUGAUACUCUAAAUGGUUUUCCUAAAAAAAUAAGGGAUGUUGAUGAUGGAAAAAGAAUUAUAAGCAAGAGAUUAUGCCACAAAAAAGUUCUUAUUAUUCUUGAUGAUGUGAGCGAAUUGGAUCAAUUAGAAGCCUUAGCUGGGAAAGAUAGUUGGUUUGGCUCUGGAAGUAGAAUACUUAUAACAACUAGAGAUGAAAGUUUGCUUACAAGUACAUAUAAAGAGUGUGGAAUAUAUAGACCUGAGCAUUUAAAUGACAAUGAAGGUCUUCAACUGUUUUCCUGGAAAGCAUUCAAAAGUAUUCGUCCUCCGGAGAAUUACAUAGAGCUGUCUAAACAAGCGAUGGAACCUGCGAAGGGUCUUCCGUUAGCUCUAAAAGUACUAGGUUCCUUUUUAUGUGGCAAGGAAAUAGAUGAAUGGAAAAGUGCUUUGGAUAGACUAAAAGAGUAUCCAGAAAAGAAAAUUGUUAAAAUACUUAAAAUAUCUUUUGAAGCUCUUGAGGAAACAGAGAAAAAUAUUUUUCUAGAUAUUGCAUGUUUCUUCAAUGGAGCUAAUAAAGAUAAUAUUAUCCAAACUAUGGAUAGCUGUGGUUUCUAUCCAAUAAUAGGGAUAAGAACUCUUAUUGAUAAAUCUCUCCUACACAAUGAUCCUGUUCAUAACAGUCUUCGGAUGCAUGACUUGCUGCAAGAAAUGGGCAUGGAAAUUGUUCGAGAAAAAUCUCGCCAUCAACCAGGAAGAUGGAGUAGGUUAUGGAAUCACAAAGAUUUAUUUCAAGUUUUAAAUAGUAACAUGGGCGCAGAAGAGGUGGAAGCCAUAGUAUGUGGUUCUGAAGAAGCACAAAACACGUUCCGUUGUGAAGCCUUGUCAAGUAUGAAGAAACUGCGAUUGCUCAAUCUUUACUACUCCCGGAUAAAUUAUGAUUUCACACCAAUUGCAUAUCUUUCUAAUGAGUUAAGGAUUCUUAAGUGGGAUGGAUUUCCUUUCAGAAGUUUUCCAUCAAGUUUCCAACCAGAUCUACUUGUUCAAUUGAUUUUGUUGUGGAGCAAGAUCGAACAACUAUGGAACAGCACUACCACGCCUUUAUACAAUUUGAAAAUCAUUAACCUAUCUGGUUCGGAAAAUAUUACAAAAUUAGAAGAUUUCAAGGUGGUUCCAAAUCUAGAGGAAUUGAUUCUUUGGGGCUGCUCUGAACUGGUGGAGAUUCACCCAUCCAUCACACUUCUUACAAGGCUUACUUUACUGGACCUGGGUAAUUGCUAUCGUCUAGAAAGUCUUCCAACAAGCAUAAGUGGUUUGAAAUCUCUUAAAGUUCUUAGACUUGGUGGUUGUAAAAGCCUUCUUAACUUACCAGAGGACUUGUGGCAUUUAAAUAGUUUGGAGGAGCUUCAUUUGGAUGAGAAUUCUUUGCUAGAUUCAGAAUCAGGGGAAGCUACUUUCAGUAUCAUUGUUGGCAAAGGUUUUAAUUCUUUAAAAAGAUUGGAUCUAAGUAAUUGUAGUCUUGGGGAUCGAGCAAUUCUUGAAGAUUUUGGUUGCUUAGCUUCUUUGGAAGAGUUAGACCUCUGCCAAAACAAUUUUUCUAGCCUACCUACCAGCAUGAAUCAACUUUCCAAGCUUAGAAUUCUCGAUUUGACGUCUUGUUUCAAUCUAAAAUCAUUGGGACCAUGGCUUCCAUCUAGCUUAGAAUGGGUAAGGGUUGAUAUGUGUUUUUCAUUGGAAACAUUUCUUGAUCCAUUGAACGACCAAUAUCGCAACUUGCGGUGUUCUGCAAUUUGUUAUGGCUGUGAUGAAUUGGUAAGGAGGCAGGGCAGCAAAAAGACAGCAUAUGUAUCACUGAAAAGAUACCUUCAGAAUCCCCCUAAUCCAAGCAAAAUAUUUUCUAUUUAUCUUUCUGGAAAGGAAAUUCCAACCUGGUUCACUCAACAGCGUCUUGGGGGGCGGUCAAUAAGUAUAAAAGUAGAUCCAAAUUGGUGCAGCAGUAAAUGGAUGGGUUUCGCUUUUUCUGUGAUCUCACCUGUAAGUGAUUUUGUCAUCAGUGUAAAAAUCUACGUACAAGACUUGGAAUUUCAUCAACUUGUUCAAUGCUUCAAUCCUGACUUUUUGUUACGAGGUAUCGGCUACAAAGGUCACCUUGGGUUAGUUUAUUUGCCUCGUGAUAGAUGUUUCCAUACCAAGUGGCAGAACAAUGUCAGUGCACUUGAGUUUACUUUUAAUUUUAAGUAUGGAUAUGAAAAUGUUGAAGAUGAAUACAGAUGUGGUGUCCGCUUGGUAUAUGAGCAAGACAUACAAGAUUUGAACCUACAUAACGAAGAUGAAGAUGAGGACGAAUAAGCACUUCACAUUAGUUAAUAUGGGUGUAAGCUCCCUUUUUUUUUAUUUUUAUUUUUUGUCAUUCUUUAUUAUGUUGUUGUUGUUGAAAAUACGUCCCCAUUCGAAAAAUAACAGCCUCUGUACAAUUCAAGUAUAUUUCAUCAACUUUCAACAGCCUUAAUAAAAUUUAAAUACAGAGGAUUUUUCUGGGACA